GGUCUAAAAGAAUUUAUAGCUGUGUCAGAGGCAGAGGCUGCAGGUAUGGUAUUCUUUUCAUCAUGUAUUUAUUAAAUGUUUUUCAAAAAGAAAAUUGUGCUCAAUAUCUGAAUAUACUGUAGCACCUCUGCUUUGAAAAACAAGUGAUUUGAGCCUGGUAAUUAUUCUGCUAGAUGCAAGGUACAGAGAUACAUUGUUGGCACGUCUCAAAACAAUUGAGGAAAAUCAGCGGCUGAUGGUAAACCUACUACAAUCUGUAGCUGCUUCCGUAGGGUCAGGAGGGGAGGAUGCGGAUGAUGUUUUGCCAGCCCCAGUAUGCAGUUUAGAGGAGCUGGAUGACUUGUGCACUAAGUUAACUGAUGAAACAUUCAAAAUGAAAUUGACACUGUAUUUGUCAUCAUUAGGAGGGCAUAGCCUUGGAGACACAGUUCGUAGGAUUAUCAAAAAGCUUGGAAGCAAUAGUGUGUGGUCCUCAUAUAGUCUAAAGGGAAGGAAAGGAAAGUUAGCAUUUACUGAUCUUCCUAUCUGCAAAGUUGUCAUCAGAGCAUGCUUAAGAAACUACAGAAAGGCAAAAUUAUCCGAAGUAGAAGGUGAAAUUAGUGAAGCCCUGAAGCAUGCCCCUAAAAGAAAAGGUGGCCUAAAGUACAAGGAUCCUGAGUCUAAAAGACCCAAUUAUUUAAUAGCACAAGAAUCAUCCGAUUCAGAAAACUAGGCGCAGAUUAAAUCAAGACAGAGUGCAAGGUUCAGUGGCCCAGGAAGGUCAUACAGUAUGAGGCCCUCCACACACACACUCCUGCCAUCAUACUUCCCACUCUCAAUACCACAUAACCAUCAUUUACCACCUGCUACUACUUAAUGUAGUAAUUGCUGAUAUGCAAGCAAGUCAGUACCAAGUCUACCUCGCCCCAAAGAACCCUCUUGUGCAAGAUAAAAUUCAUGAUCUUAUAAUUCAUAAUGUAAGUUUUUAUUACUUAAAUGCUACCAGGAGAGAUCAAGUAGAGUAUAUGUAUAGCUCAUGAAAUAUGAAUUAUUUUUUUCUACAAUACUAUAUUUAUGCCUAACCCUUUUUUUUCUACCUCAAAAAUAUUAUUGCUCAUGGAAUAUCCUAUAUUUGCUUUUAUAUGCUGUAUACUCUUCCAGGAAUAUUCUUUUGGUUCAAAUAUAUCUGUAUGCAUAUUAUCUGUGCCCUUUCUUCAGUUUACAUUUUUUCUUUACACUUAUCAGUGCCUCUGGAAUCUAAAUAUUUUGUUAUAUGCCAAUUUAUGGCCUAUUUGGAAAGUGCUGUUUUUGCUUUUUAUAUGGUAUGCUCUUCAUGGAUUUUUUUUUAUUUGCAUCAAUGUUCAUGUAUUGUAAUAUUUAUGCCAUCGAAUUUAAUUUUUUUUAACCAGUAUCUUUGAAAAUGGGAUGUACUAUUUCCUCAUUGUAUUUUAUACCAAUCUAUUGAUUAUUUGGAAUAUGCUAUUUUUGUUAAUAUGUAUUUUAUACUCUUCAUGGAAUUUUUUUCAGCUAUAUUUAUUGUUGUGUACUAUUUAUGGCCUUGAAUUAUUAUUUUUCUUAAAACACAUCACUGACUAUGGCAUGUACUAUAUUGUAUUUACUAAUAUCUGGCCUACUUGCUAUUUUUGAAUUUAUAUUUUGUACUUUUUUUUUCAUCUACGGCUGUGUACUAUUUAUGCCCUUGA